AUGGUUGCAGACAAAUCUAAAUUCGAUAGAGUUUUAGUUGAUCAACUUCAAUGUGGAGAUGUCAUUGAAAAUAGCACUAACCUCGAUAAAAAUCGAUCAAAUUCAUCCGAAAUUCACCAAAGCUUGAAGUGUCAUUGUGAAACUAAAGAUCACUCAGAUCAAUCACUUGACAGUAACGAUAAAGAUGAAUCUGGAGAUAAGAAUCAGAAAAUGUUCAACAGCACGUAUUUAUGCUCGAAACCUUUAGGGGUAAACGGUAACAAAAUUGAUCAGAUGAUCGAUAAAGAUGAUGAAUAUCCAAAUCUUUCAAUUCUGCAAACAGCUGAAAAUACUGUCAAAUUGAAGUAUAGCUCCUCGAGUUACAUGCAAAAUUUGGAUAAUACACAGUGGAAUGAUUUAAAAAGGGAAAAUUUAAGUAUAGAAGACUUAAUCAUCGUUAAAGAAAUGGAGAAUGAAUCAGUUUUGAUGAAGAUACGAAAAUAUCUAGUGGAUUAUCAAGAGCUUCGCGGAAUAUCUUGCGAAGAAUAUUCAUUUUCUACUUUGAUUAGAAUCCUGGGCCAAGCAACUGGGCGCUGCUUAUUCGCGCUAUUCUACGUCGUUCUUAACAUUGCACCUGCAAUUUUAGAGAUAUUUUUGCACAUUGUACGGUUCGUUCUUGACAAAGUAAUAUAUCUAAAGGAGACGGAAAAUGUUAAACAAAUCAUCAUGAAAAUGUCGAUCUUUGCCGCACAAAUAACCUGCAUCUACAUUUGCUUGGUAUUUAUUUUCGGUGUCAUAGUUUGGCCGGUUAUUCAUAUGGCCUUUGAUAUUCUCACAAAAAUCAUGUUAUACGAUUAA